AUGGCAACGGCAAAGAUCACGUUGGCAGCAGACCUGGGCUCAAAGUCUCUACUUAUGUUCGACGACUUGGUUUCUCAGGGCAAGCUAUUCUACAGCGAAUCUAAAAGCGAGAUUGUAUCCCAUAACGAUUUUGAGUUCGAGUUCCGCAUCAGUCCAGCCUUGAAAAGAAAGCCAUACUUGGAGCGAGAUGACCCCAAACGUACAGCAGACAAGGGGCCAUUCCUGAACCCAGAUCCCGACUUCGUUGUUACGCAAGUAGGAUCUCAUCAUGCACUGAAGCUCAAUCUUUGCUGCAUGUAUCGGCCGGCAUUUGUCCUAUAUACCCGACUCUUUGAGCCUCAGACGCAAGACCUCAACAUGGUUGAUGUUGAGGCUGCUCGGGCUGUGAUGGAUGCACUCAAGCCAACUCUGGGGCCCCAAUUGAUGAUCUACAAUUGCGGCGUCGACGCCGGAUCAUCUCAGGGCCAUAAGCAUAUGCAGACUUUUCCUCAGCCGACUCACUUCUCGCUGUAUCCUCAGAAGGCGACGUCUGAAACCGGUAAGAUAUCACUGAUCCUAGUCGUUUCUCUCAAGAAGUAUUGA